CACACACACACACCUCUUCAAGUACAUUAUUUCUUACACAUCAACAUAUCAAAACCCUCCAACCUUAAGUCGUAUCAGCCACAGUACAGGACAGGGGACACAACUGAGGGAAAUCUUUUAAGGUCCCAUCAUCUUUGGUAAUUUAGAAUAACAACGUUUGCCUUGUACACUGGAAAUACUGGAAACACUGAAAUACUUAUCGAGGUGUCACAUUGUCUAUAGUACUCUAUACUGAUGUAUGACAUCGCUGACUCUCCUUUUCACACACACACGCCAUCCCUUCCACAAAAACACACACAUCAAUUAAAAAGAAAACAGCACAGGCAAUUAAUUUGAAAGUGACCCCAGAAAAUCAUAAUAAGGUGAACAAUGCUUCUUUUUCGUCUUCGUUGCUGUGAUUUCACACAACAGGGGAGGUGAUGCACGAGGCCUUUAUAUCUAGUAAGGAAGGAGUGGCGGCAAGUGCAUUUUCUCCUAAGAAAAAACAUUCUCGCUGAAUUGCCUCAUGUAGUUGUCUACCUAAUAGUUAAUAUAUCUUAAAUUACUAUAUAUAUAUAUAGCUGAGUGCCGUUAUUUUAGUUAGAAAAUAUCGAACUAAAUUAAGCACACAAGCUUCGAUUGUAUUAGAAUUAAAACAGCAAAGAUUUUCGGUGCCAGUCACAUGACAUUAACGCAAUAGCCUCGUUUUCACUGAGAUAUGAUGUCAAGAGUUAUUAAUAACUAUUCCCGCGUGCUCACUGCAAUCCGUUGUGCAAUGCAUCGCAACAUCACAACAUCCCAACGCAGCAUCGUCCAGAGGUGCAGCAGGACUCUAUCUAAUCGAAGUUGGUGUUCUUUCACGAAAAUGGUUUCUAUAGCAACGAAUGACGUGAAAUGGCGAAUAUAGAGAGGGAUUUCCCCUGUGCGCUAACUGUCGUCUGCUGCAUAGAGACAUCUCGACCUUGGCAGGAAGGACUUGCCGUGGCGUGAGAUAACACGUGUGUUCCAGCCGCUUCUAAAAGUUUACUUUUGGUUUCCUGGAGUAGCAUUACUAAAUCUUAGUCACUUCACUGAAGCUGUUCUUUUGGAUUUAUUCGGUGACCAGUAGGUGGAAAUAGCUGCAUUCGAUAGUCCUGUAACCUGCAGCUGGAGACGAUGGAAACACCAACGACAGCUCACCACCACAGAGGCAACGGAAGGCCAAGUUUUUAUAACAUGACAGAUAAUACACAGACACACAUACCAGUGGUACCUGUGGGUAAUGUACCCGCAGAAUUGUUCGACGGUCACUCGGCUCUCCAGAAGAUUCCAGAUACAGUUCGGAUUGUGCACAUAUCGGACACCCACAUGCAGCAUGAGGAAUUAAUGAAUGGAAGAUUGUUAUCCGCACUGUUACCUGAUGGCGAGGUCCUCAUUCACUCUGGAAAUUUUGACCGUUAUACUGCCAGCUGCUGCGUUCGGUCGCAUCAUUUCGAAGACUUCCUUCACGAGAUCGACAUCUUCUUUGGCACAUUUCCUCAUCGGUUGAAAAUUUUCGUGGCGGGGAACCACGACUCCUGCCUGGAGGGUAUUCCGCUGGACCAAAUUCAAUCCCGGCUAACCAAGUGCACGUACCUCUGUGACUCAUCGACAUUUUACGCUAUCAAGUUCUAUGGAUGCCCGCACACCGCUUAUAGGUUCAUGUCUCUGGCAAGAGGGUUCGGAAGCUCCUGGCGACGACUACGUCACAAAUGGGAGGCAAUUCCAGCGGACACUGAUGUCCUCAUCACUCGCAUGCCACCGCUGGGCAUUCUGGACCUGGCCACGGAGCCGCUAGCCAGCGAGUACCCGGCUCUUUUCCGCCUGAAAGCCACCCUGUCCAGCAGCACGUGUCGCACGUGCGGCUUCGUCCAUCCGGGUCGCGUGCACUGGGGAUGCCCAUCCUUGAGAGAAACCGUGUUGAAUCGAGUCAAACCAAAGUUACAUGUCUUCGGCCAUGUUCACGAAGGAUUCGGCACCUUGCAAAGGGACAAUACUGUAUUCUCCAAUGGAUCCUUUGCAGUCAAGCGCUCUUUCAACGUUUUUGAUUAUUAUUUAUAGCCAAAGUAAUCGCAUCCUCACUGAAGAAAGCCAGUUGCAGCAGGAAGGACCUGGCAGAUACACUAUCCUGCUGAAUUUUUUAAAAAGUGAAAUGAAAUGAGUUUUAUGUGCGUGGACACGAAGCCUCCUGCGCUCUGUAUCUCCUGCUGAUGUAUAAAAUGUCUUCAUCUUCGUGAAUGUGAAGCUGUGAGUAACUGUUUGGCCUGAACCAGUUCACGCAGUCUAUCUGGGGGUGUCCACAUGGAUUUGCAGAUAUCAGCUCGAUUGCACACGGUAUCUCCAACUUUGCUUAGAAAUGUUAAAACUUUUCGCUUUGAAGACAUUUUUAGCUCAGAUCCCAUUGAGGGAUUUUUAAAAAAUGUACAUGCUGCGGAGCAAAUAUUUUUAUCAUACUUUGGCCGCUGCUAGAAGUGUUAUCGAUAAGUCGCUAAAAACAUUUUAGGCUUAAUGGAAGAAAUCGACUACAGAGAGAAUACUUUUAAACUAGACUUUAAAAUCUACUAUUCUAGGUGAUGUGAAUUGGGCAGUAUGCUGACAGAAGGUUGUGUUUCUAGACAAGCCGAGAACACUGUCUUAUUGAAACAAUGUUGGAAAUGCAAAUCAUAGUAAUACUUGUCUGUCUGUUAUUCUUUUAUUCUCUAAUUCUAUCUGUUGUUCUGUCUAUCUAUCGGUCUAUCGUUCUCUCUGUCGUUUUCUGUCUGCCUCAUCAAGGCAACUUAAUCCCAAGAAGGUGAAGACCGCUGGCACCUCUUCCCUACAUGAGCUUGAACCCGUCACUAAUGAAGCAACAUUCUUAGCUAGAUGUCAUUCUUCUUAUUAAAUAUAAUUUUAACAUAAAUGCAUCGUUAACAUUGAUCUUAACUACCGCAUAGACCAUGCACGCCCACGCUGAAGACUUUGCUGAAACCACACGCAGCUAUCUUACCACUCGUAAUGUCAUACAAACCAGUACAAAAUAUGAACAGACUGUCACUUUCUUAGUAAAAGAACUUAUACAGUUGAAGAAAACACAGAUAAUUCUAAUUUGAAAGUAAUUAAAAAUACAAAAAAAAAAACAGCUGCAGGUCACUCACAUAUACAGGGACAGGACGGUAUCUUCUUACGAGUUUCAACAUGGUGAAUGUUCAAUCAGGAUCUGUCCAUUAGUGAUUGCUAUACUAAUGAUAUCGUACUCGGAAUUCACAUGCGGCUCAAGUGUCGAGCGAUUAAGCUGCAAAAACUAACCAAACGGCAUUGUUUGCAAAAAGAAUACGAGUGGUUCUAUUUGAACACAAUAGGCUUUGCACGACAUUGUCUAUAUAGUUCUCAUCUAGAAGGUGAAACCUACUACAUCGAAUGUGUUGAUUAAAAUAUUUUUUCAUUGCAAAUAUAUUUUGGAAUUGUUUUACAUCCUUCAUAUUGGGCAUUUGUUCACACAAUAAGCUGAACUGCUGUGUAGGCAAAGAGAGAAGUUUUAUAGAAAUGUAUUAAUUAUGUGCUGAGGGUUAUCCGGUGAUUUUAAAAGAGAAGUUUUCCUUUCUUAAGCCUUAAAGGUCUUCCAAUGUGCUUGUAUUGAGUGACUUUCAGUGGCUUCCAUUUCGUCUUUCAAGAUCACAUUGAGCGAGUUGAGACCAUAAUGUUGAUAAGCGGUAUGCCUGGAUGUUGGUGGCGUUUUGACCUCCCGACCUGUGGUUCUCGCAGCUGGUAUCUCUCUGAAUUUAAAUAUACAGCAGCCAGUGACCAGGCCAACCAGAUCUGACAGUGGAUGAGUGGUCAGAAUCGCAAGCUGACCCAUCGGUGACCAGCAUCACAAAUUGUGUAGUGCACGAAAUAAGUUUUUGAUGUUAGCGAGUCAAACAAAAGUUUCACAUUGUUUUGUUUUUGCUUGUUUUUCUUUUUUGUUAUUUUUGUUGGGCAUUCUUGAUCCUGCAACAUGACUGUACAUGCAAACAUCCAAAAUAUCGACUAGUUAAUUAAAAUACCUGUAUAAUUUAUACGUUUUCGCCGAGCAUGUUAUUUUCACAUGUCUGCCUGAAAAUAAAUGUUAUGCAAAAAAUGAA